UGUUGAAGGUGGACGGACAUUUUCUAACGCCUAACAGAAACCAAAAUUUAGAAGGAAAACGCGAGUGUUAAUGUGCGAGAAACGUAUGUAAAGAAAAAAGGAAACAACGAUAAAUGUUUAAAUGGACUGUGACGAAGUUUAUAUUUGUAUAUUACUAGAAAUUUCGUGAAAACCGCAUCGAGUAAGCGAUUCAAAGAUGUCGGCCGAGGCUGCGAGGGAAGACGCCUGUCGAGAGUAUCAGUCAUCUCUUGAAGACUUGACUUUCAACAGCAAACCACACAUCAACAUGCUGACCAUCCUAGCUGAGGAGAAUAUCCAGUUCACCAAGGAUAUCGUCGCAAUAAUUGAAGCACAAAUUGCCAAGGCACCUCCUGCUGAGAAGCUCCCUGUUUUGUACUUAGUGGAUUCCAUAGUGAAGAAUGUUGGAGGAGAUUACCUUGAAGUGUUUGCUAAAAACCUAAUCACUUCCUUUAUAUGUGUCUUUGAGAAGGUGGAUGAGAACACUAGAAAAAGCCUCUUCAAAUUGCGAUCCACUUGGGAUGAGAUUUUCCCUUUGAAGAAACUGUAUGCUUUAGAUGUUCGUGUGAAUUCUGUUGAUCCCGCUUGGCCAAUUAAACCGCUUCCACCAAAUGUGAAUGCAAGUAUCCAUGUGAACCCCAAAUUUUUAAAGCCGACUGAAGAACUAGCAUCCCCAAGGGCUGUGACACCGCAACCACAGGUUCAUUCCAAAGUCAGUGAGAAGAACUUGACACAGGAGCAAAUAAUAAGGCAACAAUUGCUUGCUAAGCAAAAGCAGUUGCUAGAACUUCAGCAGAAGAAGAUAGAACUUGAACUUGAACAGACAAAAGCCCAGCUGGCUGCCAGUACGAACCACCCACCUGUCGGUGUUCAAGUCCCAUUUGAUCCAGUACCAGUUGUCAGCCAGUCAGCUCCUACACCACACACGAAACCAUGGCCUCCCGCACAGGCAGAAAAGGUGUCGAACAGAGACCCCAGGUUAAACAGAGGUCCUGCCAUAUCAAUUAACCCAAAGGAACAAGGGACAUAUAAGAAGGAGAACCCAGUCACGACAACCAUGAGUGCACCAGACAAAAAGGGGCCUUCAAACACAAGUAAGCUAAUGAGGAUACCCAAAAAAGAUACCUCUGCAACUGAGGAUAAAGCAAGAUCCAAAUCUGUCUCACCAUCAAGCAAAGGUAUCCUUAAUAAAAGCAGAGACAUUGAAGGUGAACAUACAAAGUCAUCAGAUGUUAAUAAAAAAGACCCAAGGUUAAGGAAGCAGGUGAAUGAGAAGAUAGACCCAAAAGAGGAAGAUGUUAGGGAGAAGAAAAGGACUUCAGAGAAAAGAGAAAGGGAUGAUGCCAUCAAGGGCAAUGAACAGCAGAGGUCCACCACUGCUAGAGCCAAGCUUGUGAAUGGCUCUCUGAAUAAGCAUGAACGACUUGAGACUUUUCAGAAACAGGAGAUUAAAGUCAAUAAAGCUAAUAUCAGGAAGAGGUCUCGGUCAAGAUCCCGUUCACCUGCACAUUCUCCCAAAAGAAAGGAAAGGCGGUCUCCAAAGCGAAGAACAAGGAGCAUCACUCCACCACAAAAAUUUGGAAAGAGUAGGCAAUUAAGUAAACACCUACACACUGAGGACUCUGUCCAACAAUUAAACACCAGAGAGGAACGAAGCACACCUAAGAAGAGUAGUUCUGAGCAAAGGCGAUUAAAAAGACCUUUAGAAGACCGGCUUCCUGAACACAGAGAUGCGCAGCCACAGAGGAUAUCGCCUGCAGAACGUAAAAAUUUGAAAGAUGUCAAGAAAUGGAAAAGUGGAUGGGAUGAAAAUAAGCCUCUCAAACAGCCUGAGCCAGAACUCUCACAUGGAAAACCAGGGCCUCAAAGACACAAAACAUGGGGCAGCAAUCCAAGACCUGCAACACAACGAACAACGAAACAGCACCGUCUGAGUGUGGAUGCCAACUUGCAAAUACCAGAUGUGCUAAAUUCUGCCAGCAAACGAGAUCUUUUACGGAAGGCUAGUCAAAGAAUGGCUGAUGGAGAGUUAUCCCAGGAAGACUUCCUCAAUGUGGCGCAUCAAAUCAAACAGCUUUUUCAAUAUCAAGAAGAAAGACAGAGGUCUGAUUCUUGGGAGGGAUCAAGUGAUGAUGGUUCAUAUCCAUCUAAAAAGAAACACCUUCAUGGACAUAUGUCUGAUGCGGAACUCUCUUACUUGGAACACAAAUCUAAGCUGAAAAGAACACAGCUGCAACGUCCAGCUCAUCAUAGCUCACCUCUAAGUGAGAGUGUGCUUCAUCAUAAGCCACAGCAUGAAGAGGAUGAUCCAUUCAUUGAAUCCUCAGAUGCACACAAAAGGAGUGCUGAUGCCAUAAAACCAUUCUUGGGGCAUGAUGAUCCUAGAAGAAAUGACAGACCACCACCUCAAACGGGAACUACUUUCAGGAAUACCCCAAGUCCAGUCAACUGUGAUAUAAUAUCUGGGAAAUCUUCAGCUCUGCCAUUUGAAAGGCCAACAUCCCCUAUGGAACUGGAUCAGCUUGAUGAUGGGGAAAUCAGUCCCAGGUUUGAAAGUCCUAACAGUGUUCACUCUGGUACAGAUAAUGAUGGUCCACUAAGUUCUGAAGCUCCUUCAAGGCAUGAUCUGAUCUCAGGACCAGGAAGAGGUGGACGAAAUCAUAGUGAAUCUCCUGGGCAAACUCCACCUCACUCCUCUGAGGGACCUACCUUGCAAGCGAAUAUGUUGAGGCAUGAUGGACCAAACAUUCCACCACGAUUUGAUGGACACAAGAGUUCCCAUUCUUCAUAUGAAGUGGCACAUGGGCACAUGGGACAGCCAAGACCAGAUGGAUUAUCCAGACCUCAACCCUUGGGCAGAUAUGAGGGAAACACAGGUGCUGGGAGAUAUGAUGUACCUGGUGGUCAUGGACCAUCUAGAUAUGACGGACACAGUAGAUAUGAUGCUCACGGACCAAACAGGUUUGAGAGACCGCCGCUAUUGAAAGGCCCUGGAAGAUAUGAUGACCAUUCUAUGUCACAUGGGCCAGUUAGGUUUGGAGAACCUCAUAGUGUUGGAAGGUUUGAUGGACCAGGAUCAGGCUGUUUUGAUGGUGCAAUGGGACAUCAAGGUCCUGGAAGAUUUGAUGGUCAAGGACCAGUGCAUUAUGAAAAUUCAGUGCACUCAAAUCGAUUUGAAGGCUCCACAAGGUUUGAUAAUCCCCACAUGCCACCAGGUCCCCCAGGAGGAUUUGAUGGCCCUAUGAGAUAUCCUUCUGGACCAGUAAAUUAUGAAGGGCAACGAAGAAUUGAAGGGCCAGGUAGUCAGGCUGGCAUAAUGCACUUUGACAACCCAGUGCAACCAGUACCCAUAAGAUUUGAUGCGCAACCUUCUGGAAUUUCUAGAUAUGACUCUGCACCCCAAGUUCCACCAAGAUACCGUGGACCUGCAAAUAUGCAAAACUCAAUGAGACCACAAGGGCAAACAUUGUUUGAUCAACCUCAGGGUCAGAGUCAGGGUCCAAUGUUAAAUCCUGGUGUCCCACCACCUAAUUUCAAUGUGGCACCACCAAAUGCAUUUCCCAGUCAACCACAACCAUUUCACAUCCAACAAAAUGUUUCACAGGCAUCAAACUUCAAUGUGCCAGGUUCUACACCUUCAACUUUUCAGAAUUCAUAUAGGCCUGUUGCUCCAUUUCCUACUGCUGCUGUUGGAAACCUCCCUCAGCCUAUGGGUGUCAUCGCACCUCCAGGUCAGACCUUCAUACCACAAAACCCAGUGCCUUUCAAUCCAUCGAGUUCCCAGUUUGUACAGCCUGAGAGUCAUCUUGGCCAAAUGGAUGUUAACGAUCUGGUGGCUAAGCUGAUUUCCACUGGUAUUAUCAAACCUACACAAACAGAUUCCAGUAGUGAAUCCCCAUCACUACCUCAGUCUCAGAGUGUACCGGAAGAGGAGGAACCAGAGGACGAGGAGCAAGAUGAUGAUGAAAACCUCCCCGAUUUGACUGGCUUCGUUUUAGAUGACAUGAAACAGAGAUACGAAAGUGUUAUCACCAAACUGUACACUGGAAUCCAGUGCUAUUCCUGUGGAAUGCGCUUUACUGCUUCUCAGACUGAUGUUUAUGCUGAUCACUUGGACUGGCACUAUAGACAGAAUCGAUCUGAAAAGGACAUCAGUAAGAAAAUAACACAUCGGCGCUGGUACUACAGUUUGACAGACUGGAUUGAAUUUGAAGAAAUUGCUGAUCUUGAGGAGAGAGCAAAGAGUCAAUUCUUUGAAAAAGUCCAUGAGGAAGAUGUGCAGAAAACACAGGAAGCAGCCAAAGAGAGAGAGUUCCAAAGUGUUAAAGCUGCCCCAGAUGUUGUUGAUGAAUCUUGUGAGAUAUGCCAGGAGCAGUUUGAAAUGUACUGGGAAGAAGAGGAGGAGGAGUGGCACCUGAAAAAUGCCAUCAGAGUUGAUGGAAAGACAUAUCACCCGUCAUGUUAUGAAGACUACAAAAAUACAUCAUCUUUUGUGGAUUGUACACCAUCACCCAAUAAAAUGCUGACAGAAAACCCUUUAAAUGCUUUCUUAAAACAAGAGAAGGAAGGUGAGGCAUCAUGCUCCAGUAUUAAAGAAGAACCAGCUGAGGUGAACAUAGAUGCUGUGACAGUAACAGAUGAGGUUCAGGUUAAGUUGGAAGGAGUCACACACUAGUGCAAUUUAUUUUACAGUGCUGCUUUAAAACCUUCUUUUGUGGUUACCUAAGUUGUGCUUUGGGUUUUUGUAAGGAAAAGUAUUUUUAUAUGAGACCGCUCUGAGGCAGGGUCCUCAGCUAUGCAUACAUUUAAAUACAUUUUGGUAUUUGUAAUUGCCUGCAAAUUUCAGGUGUUUUUGCUGUGUGAAUGCCCACUCAAAUAUACUUUAAAAUAUGUAUGUUUGGGGGUAAAUGUAUGUACAAUUUAAUUUAUAAAUAAAGAAAUAUUUUUUGGUAUUUUGUGUAAUACUGAUAAACUGAGGCUUUGGAUUUAAAUCCUCUAAGACUUUUUUUCUUCAAUGACAUUUGUCGAGACUUUUAAGGAGCAGACAAGGUUUAAAUAAUUUAUGACACAUUGGUUUUCUAGAAUGCCCUAUUUCCGUAGCAGACAAAUUCCUUCAAGGCUGAGGAUUUAAUUUAUUGAUAAAAUUUAGUAAGGAUAACUUCCGCAACAAAUGUGUAAAUAUGUCGGAGACCCACUGAGUUUACUAAUGUUUUGUUCUGAAUAAUAAAUGUUUAAUUAAAAAAGGAAAAAAAAAAUCACAUUAAGGUCGUUUGCUUCAGAUACUAAAUAUUCAAUAAAAUGAAUCUUUAAAAAAAUUGUGUGAAACAUAUUUACUGUGUGCUUCAGCUAAGAUUUGUCAGUUUCACUUUUAAUCCUAAAUAAAGAUUGUGUUGUCAAAUGUC